AUGACGGUGGGAGCCGGGAUCGCGGUCCAGGAAGACGGCAGCCUGGCGGCGCUGGGGGCCACGGUCCUGACGGAGGUGCGCGACAAUGUGCUCGUCACGCCGGCCGCCGGGGGCGGCAUGCUCAACGGCGCGUUCCUCGGCGUCCGGUCGGCCCCCGCCGCCAGCCGCAGCGUCUUCCCCGUCGGCAAGCUCAGGGACCUGCGAUUCAUGUGCACGUUCAGGUUCAAGAUGUGGUGGAUGACACAGAGGAUGGGCUCGUCGGGCCGCGACAUCCCCGCCGAGACGCAGUUCCUGAUCGUCGAGGCUGCCGACGGCGCCGGAGACGAGCAAUCCGCGGUGUACACCGUCUUCCUCCCGAUCCUGGAGGGCUCAUUCCGAGCUGUACUCCAGGGGAACGAAAAUAAUGAGCUGGAAAUUUGCUUGGAGAGUGGUGAUCCAGCCGUAGAAUCAUUUGAAGGCACCCAUCUAGUUUUCGUCGGUGCGGGAUCAGAUCCGUUUGAGGUCAUCACAAAUGCUGUCAAAGCAGUUGAGAGGCACCUGCAGACAUUCUCUCACAGGGAAAAAAAGAAGAUGCCAGACAUGCUAAACUGGUUUGGCUGGUGCACAUGGGAUGCAUUUUACACUGAUGUUACCGCUGAAGGAGUGAAGGAAGGACUAAGGAGUUUUGAAAAAGGUGGAACAGCUCCAAAGUUUGUCAUAAUCGAUGAUGGGUGGCAAUCGGUCAGUAUGGACCCUGCUGGAAGUGCAUUCGUAUCUGAUAAUGCAGCCAACUUCGCAAACAGAUUAUAUGAUAUCAAGGAGAACCACAAAUUUCAGAAAAAUGGGAGGAAGGGUCACAGGGAAGAAGAUCCAGCAAAUGGCCUCGCGCAUAUUGUCAGUGAAAUUAAGGGGAAACAUGAGCUAAAGUAUGAUGACACUUGUUUGUUUGUUGCCUCGUACAGCAUGAUAAAUUUGUGUCAGUUCUCAUCUUUAAUACUUCUCAUGCCAAAAUUCAGGUACGUUUAUGUAUGGCAUGCGAUUACCGGGUAUUGGGGUGGCGUAAGGCCCGGUGCCGACGGGAUGGAGCAUUACCAAUCAAAGAUGCAAUACCCUGUGCCAUCACCAGGAGUCCAGAAGAACGAACCCUGCGAGGCCUUCAACAGCAUAGCAGAUAACGGCCUUGGCCUUGUGGACCCUGACAAAGCAUUCAGCUUCUACAAUGAGCUCCAUUCAUAUCUUGCAUCUGCCGGGGUCGACGGCGUGAAAGUAGACGUGCAGAACAUUCUCGAGGCGCUAGGCGGUGGCCAUGGUGGGAGAGUGCGUCUGUCUAGGAAGUACCAGCAGGCUCUAGAAGCUUCCAUCGCAUGGAAUUUCCACGAUAACGGUAUAAUAUGUUGCAUGAGCCACAACACUGAUAACUUAUACAGUUCAAAAAGAAACGCGGUUGUGAGAGCCUCUGAUGAUUUCUGGCCUAGAGACCCAGCUUCACAUACCAUACACAUCGCUUCUGUCGCGUACAAUACUGUUUUUCUUGGAGAGUUCAUGCAGCCGGACUGGGACAUGUUCCAUAGCGUUCACCCAAUGGCGGAAUAUCAUGCUGCGGCGCGGGCAGUCGGCGGUUGCGCUAUAUACGUGAGUGACAAACCCGGAAACCAUGACUUCGAUCUGCUGAGGAAGCUUGUGCUUCCUGAUGGAUCGAUCCUGCGAGCCAAACUCCCCGGGAGACCGACCGGGGACUGCCUCUUCUCUGAUCCCGCAAGGGACGGCAAAAGCAUUCUCAAGAUCUGGAACCUGAACGCGCACUCCGGCGUGAUCGGCGCCUUCAACUGCCAAGGCGCCGGCUGGUGCCGAGAAGGGAAGAAGAACGUCAUCCACGACGUGCAGCCCGGGACCAUCACCGGGGCCGUCCGGGGACGGGACGUCAGCCGCCUUCUGGAGGUCGCCGGCGAUGGCUGGAACGGCGACGUGGUCGUGUACUCGCACGUCGCAGGGGAGGUGACCGUCCUGCCGAAGGACGCGGCGCUGCCGGUCACGCUGAAGCCGCGCGAGUACGAGGUGUUCACCGUGGUGCCGCUGAAGUGGCUGCCGAACGGCGCCUCCUUCGCGCCCAUCGGCCUGAUCGGGAUGUUCAACUCCGGCGGGGCGGUGACGGAGGUGAGGCACGGCGGCGACGCCGGCGUGGAGGUGAAGGUGCGGGGCGCGGGCACGGUUGGAGCCUACUCCUCGGCGAGGCCGAAGCGCGUGGCUGUGGAUUCGGAGGCGGUUGGUUUCUCCUACAACGACGGCUCCGGCCUGGCCACGUUCGAGGUCGGCGUGCCGGAGCGGGAGCUCUACUCGUGGACGGUCUCGAUAGAGUACUGA